GCUCAAAAACACUUAUUUUAUUCAUAAAAACUUAACCAAACGCCUCAACUCGAGCUUUUAAAUUUUCAAAAGCUUGGCCAUUCUUCAAUCUGAUUUCAACUAUUUAAGAAACUUGAUUAGAUAUUCCAUCUCAUGGGGUGUGUUCAAGCAAAGGCUUCAAUGCAUUCGCCGCCUCGGGGACUAGAGAAGUUGAAAUUAGAGAGUGGAUAUGUUGGUAGAGGAGAACAUGUUAGGCCAAGGAGGUCUACUGGACAGAGGCCUCAUGAACUAAUUAGGGAGAAAAAUGCUGGUGGUAGGAGAUUAAGUGAUGCAAACAGAGAUACUAUCACACAUGAGGGAGAAAAAAAACAAACUAAUGAUGUUGGUAGGAAAAUUACCAAAACAACAACAACAACUCAUGAGGAGGAAGAGUUAAUAGAUGGAUGGCCAAAAUGGUUAGUAGAUAAUAUUCCAAGAGAAGUUUUGGCUGGUUUAGUCCCAAAAAGUGCUGAUUCUUAUGACAAAAUUGAUAAGGUAUAUGUAAUAAUCAUCUUAAUUUCCCAUCUUUUUGAAAUGUGGGAUGCUGGAAUUAGCGUUAGAGUUUAUGUUCUAUGCACUGACGGUAUAAAGAAAGAAACUUUUACUCUGUCAGGUUAUGUUAACAUGAAUAAUGUGUUGUUGUAAUGGUUACUUGCAUAUAUGCACUGCAGUGAGUAGUGAAAUUGAAUUUAAUGCAAGUUUUUUGAUAUUUUAGAUAGGUUCGGGGACUUAUAGCAACGUAUAUAGAGCACGAGACAGGGAUACUGGGAUGAUUGUUGCCUUAAAGAAAGUUCGUUUUGAUACCUCAGAACCAGAGAGUAUAAAGUUCAUGGCUCGAGAGAUUAUGAU